UCUUUUGAAAGAGUUUUGGUAGAGAACAAGCUGCAUGGCCUUUCUCCAGCUCUCUCUGAAGCCAUUCAGAGCAUUUCUCGCUGGGAACUUGUCCAAGCUGCGCUCCCGCAUGUGCUGCACUGCACUGCUACAUUGCUCUCCAACCGCAACAAGCUAGGGCAUCAGGAUAAGCUUGGAGUAGCUGAAACAAAGCUCCUUCACACUCUUCACUGGAUGCUGCUGGAGGCCCCUCAGGACUGCAGCAAUGACCGAUUUGGAGGAGACAGAGGCUCUAGUUGGGGAGGGAGCAGCAGCGCCUUUAUCCACCAGGUUGAAAACCAGGGAUCACCAGGACAUCCCCGGCCCAGUGCCACAAAUGAUGAGGAGGAGAAUAACAGAAGGAAGUUCUUCCAGAAUUCCAUGGCCACAGUGGAGCUCUUUGUGUUCCUCUUUGCUCCCCUUGUCCACAGGAUUAAAGAGUCUGACCUUACAUUUCGGUUGGCUAGUGGCCUUGUUAUUUGGCAGCCUAUGUGGGAACACAGGCAGCCUGAAGUUUCUGCCUUCAAUGCCCUUGUGAAACCAAUCAGGAACAUCGUUACAGCUAAGAGAAGUUCUCCCACCAACAACCAGAGCAUGACCUGUGAAUCCCCUAACCUGGAGAGUGGACAUAGUGAGGGACUACAGGUGGUCUGUGAGACAACCCAACCAGAUUCUGUACCCCUAAAGGCCACUGUUUCAGCAUGUCAUCGUGGAAAUUCCUUGGAUGGAAGCGUAUCCUCCCAAACCUCUCAGGAGAGAGGUACUGCACAUCCCAGGGUGUCCUUGGUGAUCCCACCAUGCCAGAAGUCUCGCUAUGCCACAUACUUCGAUGUGGCCGUGCUGCGCUGCCUGCUGCAGCCGCAUUGGUCCGAGGAGGGCACGCAGUGGUCACUGAUGUACUACCUGCAGAGGCUGAGGCAUAUGCUGCAGGAGAAGCCAGAGAAACCACCUGAGCCGGAGAUCACCCCUUUGCCAAGACCUCGCAGCAGCUCCAUGGUGGCUGCUGCACCCUCCCUGGUGAAUACCCACAAAACUCAGGAUCUUACUAUGAAAUGUAAUGAGGAAGAAAAAUCACUAAGCACAGAGGCAUUUUCCAAGGUUUCACUGACCAACUUGCGUAGACCAGCAGUUCCAGAUCUCUCCACAGACCUUGGGAUGAAUAUCUUCAAAAAGUUUAAGAGUCGCAAAGAGGACAGGGAGCGUGAGCGCAAAGGGUCAAUUCCUUUCCACCACACCGGGAAGAAGCGGCAACGAAGGAUGGGGGUGCCCUUCCUCCUCCACGAGGAUCAUUUGGAUGUCUCACCCACUCGCAGCACUUUCUCCUUUGGCAGUUUCUCUGGAAUCGGAGAGGACCGGCGUGGCAUUGAGAGGGGAGGAUGGCAAACAACCAUAUUAGGAAAGUUUACCAGACGGGGAAGCUCUGAUACAGCAACGGAGAUGGAGAGCCUGAGCGCCAGGCAUUCCCACUCGCAUCACACGCUGGUUUCUGACCUGCCGGACCACUCCAACAGCCAUGGAGAGAACACAGUCAAAGAAGUGCGGUCCCAGAUCUCCACCAUCACUGUGGCCACCUUCAACACCACCCUGGCCUCAUUCAACGUGGGUUACGCCGACUUCUUCAGUGAGCACAUGAGGAAGCUUUGCAACCAGGUGCCUAUCCCCGAGAUGCCCCAUGAGCCGCUCGCAUGUGCCAACCUCCCACGGAGCCUGACAGACUCCUGCAUCAAUUACAGUUGCUUGGAGGAUACGGAUCACAUUGAUGGAACCAACAACUUUGUCCACAAGAACGGCAUGCUGGAUCUCUCGGUGGUCCUGAAGGCUGUUUACUUGGUCCUGAACCAUGACAUCAGUUCCCGGAUUUGCGACGUGGCACUGAACAUUGUGGAGUGCUUACUUCAGCUUGGUGUGGUGCCCUGUGUAGAGAAGGUUCGGAGGAAGAGUGAGAACAAAGAAAACGAGGCCCCUGAAAAAAGACCAAGUGAAGGAUCCUUUCAGCUCAAAGGGGCUGCUUCUGCUGGUUCAGCUUGUGGAUUUGGGCCUCCUCCAGUUAGUGGAGCUGGAGAUGGAGGAGAAGAAGGAGGUGGUGGAAGUGGUGGAGGAGGUGGAGGUGGAAGUGAUGGAGGUGGAGGAGGAGGAGGAGGGCCAUAUGAGAAGAAUGAUAAAAAACAGGAAAAGGAUGAAGGCCCAUCCGUCAGCACCCAUAGGCUGGCACUCACAAUGCUGAUCAAAAUUGUGAAGUCCCUGGGUUGUGCCUAUGGUUGUGGAGAAGGACACCGAGGGCUCUCUGGAGAUCGCCUGAGACACCAGGUAUUCCGGGAGAAUGCUCAGAACUGCCUCACAAAGCUGUACAAACUGGACAAGAUGCAGUUCCGGCAGACCAUGAGGGAUUAUGUGAACAGGGAUUCUCUCAAUAAUGUGGUGGAUUUCCUGCACGCUUUACUGGGAUUCUGCAUGGAGCCAGUCACUGACAACAAGGCUGGAUUUGGGAAUAACUUUACCACAGUGGACAACAAGUCUACAGCCCAGAGUGUAGAAGGUAUUAUUGUGAGUGCCAUGUUCAAGUCAUUGAUCACUCGCUGUGCUUCCACUACACAUGAGCUACACAGCCCAGAAAACCUGGGCUUGUACUGCGACAUCCGACAGCUGGUCCAGUUUAUCAAGGAGGCUCAUGGGAAUGUCUUUCGGAGAGUGGCACUCAGUGCCCUAUUAGACAGCGCAGAAAAGUUAAUACCAGGAAAAAAACCAGAGGAAACGGAGCAAGAGCCGAAACCUUCUGGGAGCAAAAGAUCCGAGGUGGGAAGCGUCAUCAUUGACAAAGGCCAGGCAUCAGCCGCCCCUGAUGAAUGCCGUAGUUACAUCUCAAGCCGCCCAAUGCAAACUCCGGAACAUGAUGAGCAAAUCCAAGGGGCUGUUCUGGGACGCAAGGAUUUCUGGCGAAAGAUGUUCAAGUCACAGAGUGCAGCGAGUGAUACCAGUAGUCAGUCUGAGCAGGACACAUCUGAGUGCACCACUGCUCAUUCUGGGACCACCACAGACAGACGCUCCCGCUCCCGUUCCCGACGAAUCUCCCUUCGAAAGAAACUCAAACUCCCCAUAGGGAACUGGCUGAAGCGCUCUUCCCUCUCUGGCCUGGCUGACGGGGUGGAAGAUCUCCUCGAUAUCAGCUCUGUCGACCGUCUGUCUUUCAUCAGGCAGAGUUCCAAGGUGAAGUUCACCAGCGCGGUGAAGCUGUCAGAAGGCGGGGGGCCAGGAGGUGGCCUGGACAACGGGCGAGACGAAGAGGAGAAUUUCUUCAAGCGUCUUGGUUGCCAUAGCUUUGACGAUCACUUGACCUCCAACCCUGAAGGAGGAAAAUCCAAGAACGUUGUGAACCUGGGAGCGAUCCGCCAAGGCAUGAAGCGCUUUCAGUUUCUCCUCAACUGCUGUGAACCAGGCACUAUCCCUGAUGCUUCCAUUUUGGCAGCAGCCUUAGAUCUUGAAGCUCCUGUAGUGGCGAGAGCAGCCCUGUUCCUCGAGUGCGCACGCUUCGUUCACCGCUGCAAUCGUGGCAACUGGCCCGAGUGGAUGAAGGGCCACCAUGUGAACAUUACUAAGAAAGGCCUGUCCCGUGGGCGUUCUCCUAUCGUGGGCAACAAGAGGAACCAGAAGCUGCAGUGGAAUGCAGCUAAGCUCUUCUACCAGUGGGGAGAUGCAAUCGGUGUCCGCCUCAACGAGCUGUGCCACGCUGAGAGUGAGAGCCCUGCCAACCUGCUGGGCCUCAUUUAUGAUGAGGAGACCAAGAGGCGCCUGAGAAAGGAGGAUGAGGAAGAAGACUUUUUAGAUGACAGCACUGUGAAUCCUACCAAAUGUUGUUGUCCUUUUGCACUGAAAAUGGCAGCCUGUCAGCUUCUCCUGGAGAUAACCACUUUCCUUCGAGAGACCUUUCCCUAACUGCCCAGGCCACGCACGGAACCACUACAGGACCUGGAGAGCUGCAGGCUGCGUCUGGACCCUGAGAUGGACCGGCACAGGUAUGAAAGAAAGAUCAGCUUUGCUGGGGUUUUGGAUGAGAAUGAAGAUUCAAAGGAUUCCCUGCACAGCAGCAGCCACACCCUCAAAUCUGAGGCUGGCUUCGAGGAGAAAAAAGUUCCCAGCAGGAAGAUCAGGAUAGGAGGCUCCCGCUUGCUCCAGAUUAAAGGAACUCGCAGUUUCCGGGUGAAGAAGGGGGGUUCCCUUUCCAGCAUUCGCCGGGCCGGCAGCCUAAAGAGCACCAAGUUAUCACGGCAGGACUCAGAGUCUGAGAAUGAGGAGCUGCAGCUGUCCCACAGCAGGGACACUGUCACUGAUAUAGAAGGGAGCCCUUGGAGCGCGAGCGAACCUAGCAUCGAGCCCGAGGUGCUGAGCAACACAGGCGCGGAGGAGAACUAUCAUCGGAACAUGUCGUGGCUGCAUGUGAUGAUUCUACUAUGCAACCAGCAAAGUUUCAUAUGUACCCACAUCGACUACUGUCACCCACACUGCUACCUCCAUCACAGCCGGUCCUGUGCUCGUCUUGUCCGGGCCAUCAAACUCCUGUAUGGAGACACAGUGGACUCUCUGCGAGAAAACAGCACACUGAACAGUGUGGCAAGAGGCAAAAAGCAAAAGGAAUGCUCAGACAAGUCAUGCUUGAGAACUCCUUCUCUAAAAAAGAGAGUGGUCGAUAUCAACUUGGAAGGGAAGAAGGACUCUGGAAUGUUAAAAUACAUCAGGCACCAGGUAAUGAGCCUCUCCCCUGCACCUUUGUCCCUGCUAAUCAAGGCAGCUCCUAUCCUCACAGAAGAGAUGUAUGGGGACAUCCAGCCGGCAGCAUGGGAGCUCCUACUCAGCGUGGAUGAGCACAUGGCUGGAGCAGCAGCUGCCAUGUUCCUGCUGUGUGCUGUGAAAGUACCAGAGGCCGUUUCUGACAUGCUGAUGUCCGAAUUUCAUCACCCCGAGACAGUGCAAAGGCUGAAUGCCAUUCUCAAAUUCCACACGCUCUGGAGGUUUAGGUAUCAAGUCUGGCCAAGGAUGGAAGAGGGAGCACAGCAGAUCUUUAAGAUCCCUCCUCCAAGUAUAAACUUCACUCUGCCUUCUCCUGUCCUGGGGAUGCCAUCCGUGCCAAUGUUUGACCCACCCUGGGUCCCUCAGUGCAGUGGGAGUGUGCAAGAUCCUAUAAAUGAAGAUCAGUCGAAGUCAUUCUCAGCCAGAGCUGUGUCACGUUCCCAUCAGCGAGCGGAGCACAUCCUGAAGAACCUGCAGCAGGAGGAAGAGAAGAAGCGCCUGGGCCGAGAAGCCAGCCUCAUCACUGCCAUCCCCAUCACUCAGGAGGCCUGCUAUGAGCCAACCUGCACACCGAGCUCGGAGCAGGAAGAAGAAGAAGAAGUUGCCAACCUGGCCUCCCGCCGUCUCUCCGUGAGUCCCUCCUGCACCUCCAGUACAUCUCAUAGGAACUACUCCUUCCGCCGCGGCUCUGUCUGGUCAGUGCGGUCAGCAGUCAGUGCAGAAGAUGAAGAACACACUACAGAGCAUACUCCAAACCAUCACGUGCCACAACCACCUCAAGCUGUGUUUCCAGCGUGCAUCUGUGCAGCAGUGCUCCCCAUUGUCCAUUUGAUGGAAGAUGGAGAAGUCCGGGAGGAUGGAGUAGCUGUAAGCGCUGUUGCUCAGCAAGUCCUGUGGAACUGCUUAAUUGAAGACCCCUCGACGGUUUUGCGCCAUUUCCUUGAGAAGCUCACUAUUAGCAACCGGCAGGAUGAGCUGAUGUAUAUGUUAAGGAAGCUUUUGUUGAACAUUGGAGACUUCCCUGCCCAGACAUCUCAUAUCCUCUUUAACUACUUGGUAGGACUGAUCAUGUAUUUUGUACGCACUCCAUGUGAAUGGGGCAUGGAUGCCAUUUCUGCCACACUUACCUUCCUUUGGGAAGUGGUGGGUUAUGUAGAAGGACUGUUCUUCAAGGAUCUCAAACAGACUAUGAAGAAGGAGCAAUGUGAAGUGAAGCUGCUGGUGACUGCCUCAAUGCCAGGCACGAAGACCCUCGUCGUGCAUGGACAGAAUGAGUGUGACAUCCCAACUCAGUUACCAGUCCAUGAGGACACACAGUUUGAGGCUCUGCUGAAGGAGUGUUUAGAGUUUUUUAACAUACCUGAAACACAGUCUUCUCAUUACUUUUUAAUGGAUAAGCGGUGGAAUCUUAUUCAUUACAACAAGACCUAUGUCCGUGACAUUUAUCCCUUCCGGAGGUCAGUCUCUCCCCAGCUCAACCUGGUGCAGAUGCAUCCAGAAAAAGGUCAAGAGCUCAUUCAGAAGCAGGUGUUCACCCGGAAGCUAGAAGAGGUGGGGCGGGUGUUGUUCCUCAUAUCGCUGACCCAGAAAAUCCCAACUGCCCACAAGCAGUCCCACGUAUCUAUGCUCCAGGAGGACCUUCUCCGCUUGCCUUCAUUUCCCCGAAGUGCCAUUGAUGCUGAGUUCUCACUCUUCAGUGAUCCCCAAGCUGGAAAAGAGCUCUUUGGUCUGGACACUCUUCAGAAAAGCUUGUGGAUUAAGCUGCUGGAGGAGAUGUUCCUUGGCAUGCCCAGCGAGUUCCCCUGGGGGGAUGAGAUCAUGCUGUUCUUGAACGUCUUCAACGGUGCCCUGAUCCUGCACCCUGAGGACAGUGCCUUGCUGAGGCAGUACGCUGCCACGGUCAUCAACACAGCUGUGCACUUCAACCACCUCUUCUCCCUCAGCGGGUACCAGUGGGUCCUCCCCAGCAUGUUGCAGGUGUACGCUGACUAUGAAAGCAACCCACAGUUACGCCAGGCGAUUGAGUUUGCGUGCCGCCAGUUCUACGUUCUGCAUCGCAAGCCCUUUAUUCUGCAGCUGUUUGCAAGCGUGGCCCCUCUCCUGGAGUUCCCUGAUGCUACAAACAACGGAACCAGCAAAGGAGUGUCAGCUCAGUGCCUGUUUGACCUGCUGCAGUCUUUAGAGGGAGAUACGCCAGACAUUUUGGACAUCUUGGAGCUGGUGAAAGCAGAAAAGCCUCUCAAGUCAUUAGACUUCUGCUAUGGGAAUGAAGACCUGACCUUUUCGAUCAGCGAAGCCAUCAAGCUGUGUGUGACAGUGGUGGCCUACGCUCCUGAAUCAUUCAGAAGCCUCCAGAUGCUGAUGGUCUUGGAAGCACUGGUUCCCUGUUACUUACAGAAGCUGAAACGACAAACCUCUCAGGCGGAGACCGUGACAGCAGCUCGUGAGGAGAUUGCUGCUAUGGCUGCCCUCGCCACAUCGUUGCAGGCCCUCUUGUACAGUGUAGAAGUUCUCACCAGGCCCAUGACAGCCCCGCAGAUGAGCCGAUGUGACCAAGGCCACAAAGGGACCACAACAGCAAACCACACCAUGUCAGCGGGUGUGAACACCAGGUACCCAGAACAGGGAGCCAAACUACACUUUAUCAGGGAGAACCUUCACUUACUGGAGGAGGGCCAGGGUCUGCCCCGAGAGGAGCUGGAUGAACGAAUUGCCAGAGAGGAGUUCAGGAGACCGCGGGAGUCAUUGCUCAAUAUCUGCACCGAGUUUUACAAGCAUUGUGGUCCAAGGCUGAAGAUUCUGCAGAAUCUGGCUGGCGAGCCCCGAGUGACUUCUCUGGAGCUGCUGGACGUGAAGUCCCACAUGAG